CAUGUUUUUCUUCCCCCGUGCAAAAAUGAUGUAGUCCGAAGGGCUCCAGAAACGAGUUUUAGUGCUGAAGUGGGAAAGAAAAAAAACAAUCCCAUUUCGUUCUUUCGACAAUGAAAAGGCAGCUUAGGAAGCCUGUGAAGCUCUUCCCUACUGACAGUGCUAUUUCUUACCCGAAAGUUAGUGAUAAACCAGCAACUGCAAGGUUGGGAUUUCAGCACACCUGAGAAUAUGUUUGAAGCUCGAGUAUUUCCGUGCUCUUCCUGGCAUUUUAUUCUCCUGUUUGUUUUUUCAUUCUGGGUCAUCAGCUUGAUGCUAAAUGGCCAAAAAUAAAGAGCACACAACUAGUUAGGUUUUUACUUAGGAACCUGUGCUGACUCUAUGUGCUUUUAUUGAUUUUAAUUUUAUUAUAUUUUUUGCUUUUAUUUGCUCUUCUACUUUAAUAUUAAAAAAAGUUAGCCCUUCAUAUCCAGCAGGGUCUAUACCUUGAAUAUCAUUGUGCAAAAACCAAGCCAUAACUCUUUGUCUUCCUGCCUGUAUCUCAUUCCUGAGUUGGCAAAAUAUCACACUUAUGCACUUCAUUUUUUUUCAUGUAUUAAGUAUAGUACUGCUUCAAAAUAAGCAGUGUGUGUUUUCCUAAGUGCAUGUAUAAGAAGUGUGUAAGUAACAUGGGUAGGUUCAUAAUGGUUCACACAGUUAAAAUGCAAAAUGAUUUUAAAGGCAUGUGGACAGCUGCUGAAACAUGAUAUACUAAGGAAUUGGGACAGGAAACAGUGUAACAUAAAUCACUUCAGUGCUAAUAAAGGGAUUCCAGAGCUGGUCAGACUAUGGCCUUUGGAAGGAUUACACAAAAGGACUGGUACAAAAUCCUGGGUGGGAAGCCAUCGGACAGUCCGGCAGAACUGAAACGGAAGUACCAAAAACUUGCUUUGCUAUAUCAUCCAGACAAACAGAAGGCAGAUGUGCCAGCAGGAGAAGUGGAGGAGCGUGUGCAGAGGUUCAUCGAAAUUGAUCAAGCGUGGAAAAUUCUAGGGAACGAAGAGACAAAAAAAGAGUAUGACCUGCAGCAGCGUGAAGACAAUCUGACAAAAGAAUGGCCACUACAUGCACAAAUUUAUCUUGAGGAUAUGUCCUGGAAUGAAGAUGAACAAUGUUAUACUCUCUCAUGUCGAUGUGGUGGGAAUUACACUGUCUUCAAGAGUGAAACCAAAGAUGUUUCUUUGGUUUGUUGUGACACGUGUUCACUUGUUAUUGAGAUCCUUCAAUGAUUGUUUCAAUCAAGCCCAGUAAGAGUUACAAACUUUUAAAAAGACUGGACAAAUACAGGGUACAGCAUGUGCUAAAGAAAUGUAUGUGAAAGAAAAAGUGGGCACUACAAGAACAAUUUCAGUCAGGGGUAAGAAAGGAAAUGUGCCCAUUUGUUCACAUAGCUCUGCAGACAUGAGGAUUGGUGGUUUUUUUCCUUCUGCAGCUAAAGAGGUAGUUAUUAAAAGCCUCCAGAACAGAACACUAAGUUCUGUACAACUGGAAUAUAUCUCAUGAUCUAAAUGGCAUUUCUUUCCCAGCAAACAACGGAGUAGCUUCUUUCAGUCUAGAUCAACUAUACCUUGGGCCCUACCUCUUAGGUUAAAUCCUUCGAACAGCUCAGAUGACAAAAUUUAAUCAGAAGGCAUAGAUGUGAGAGUGCUUUGAAGAUAAUGAAGAACAAGGUGCAUUAAUGGGAAACGGGAACAGUGUCUAUUUCUAUGCUAAAUAAAAGGACUUGAGCCUUGGAAAGAGGUGGCAGAACCUCAUGGAUCUAACAGGUGGGUUGUCUCUAUAGAAAGUACCAGGUCUGGUUGGACUGUAACAGUGCAUCUACAUUAAUUUUUCAGCCUGGAACAGGA